AUGGAGAUUAUGGCAGCUGUACAAGACUUCGUUCGACGCUCGGGCGGUGAGCUGUUCGACAUCAACUUCUUGGUGCUGAUGUGCUUUAUGUACCGGAGCUAUCAACAGGACCCUCAGCACCAGAGCUUCUUAGAGGAGGCUGCUUGGAGCAGCAAUAAAAGAAUCAGAAGCAAUGGCCUGGUGCCAAAGGUCAACCUGGCUGAAUUCCUCGCCUAUAUGCCGCACAUAAUCCGCAAGUCAGAACACCUUGGACUGGCAACCUAUGGACACCCUUUCAGAGCUGUCUCAUCCGCCCUAGCGCAGGAUACAAAUGUCUUUGGUGAUCAGCAUUCAGUGCAGAGUACCAGGAUCAACGAGGCAGCCGUUAUGACUGCGAUUGAUGACAUGGGAUUGACGCUGGCCGAUUUCCGAGAGUCUACUCGGCACAUUCUGGUCCUCCAACAAUGGGUUGAGGGUCCCUGCUACGAAGGGCUCGUCAUGGACAGAGACAUCACUCAGUUCAGCGCUGGCUGUCUGACUCCAUAUCGCUCUGACAAAACCAAAAGAUAUGGAGGACGAGCUGAACAACCCCUCUUGGUCACCGCCCCAGAGCUGGUGAUCCGCAACCCACGCCCCGGAUUCGCAGUAGCUGCCGCCGCCGAGCAAGGGCCUCAGUUCGCAACAGACAACAAUGCUGGAUUAGUCAUUCGGCCUUCGUAA